AUGGGAGACUGGAGCUUCUUGGGUAAUAUAUUGGAGGAAGUAAACGAACAUUCAACUGUGAUUGGCCGAGUUUGGCUCACAGUGCUAUUCAUUUUUCGAAUUUUAAUUCUGGGCACGGCUGCGGAGUUUGUCUGGGGAGACGAGCAGUCUGAUUACGUGUGCAACACUCAGCAGCCAGGAUGCGAGAAUGUGUGCUACGACGAGGCCUUUCCAAUCUCUCAUAUUCGCCUAUGGGUGUUGCAGAUCAUCUUUGUAUCCACACCUUCACUUGUAUACGUGGGCCAUGCUGUCCAUUACAUCCACAUGGAGGAGAAACGAAAGGAGCGUGAAGAAGCUGAGGUCAGCCACCAGCAAGAACUUUGCGAGGAGCGCCAGGCAAUGGAUCAGGGAAGCGUUCGCACUGCCAAGGAGACCAGCACGAAAGGGAGCAAGAAGUUCAGACUCGAAGGAACCCUGCUGUGCACCUACAUCUGCCAUAUCAUCUUCAAAGCUCUGUUUGAAAUAGGCUUUGUAGUGGGACAAUAUUUCCUGUAUGGGUUCCGCAUCCUGCCUUUGUACAAGUGCAGUCGUUGGCCAUGCCCUAACACGGUGGACUGCUACGUCUCCCGGCCCACCGAAAAGACCAUCUUCAUCAUUUUCAUGCUUGCAGUGGCUUGUGUUUCCCUGUUCCUCAACUUUGUGGAGAUCAGCCACCUUGGCUUGAAGAAGAUCCGCUUUGUGUUCCACCGACCAGCUCCUGCACAGUUGGAGCCGCUUGGACCUCCUGAGAGGAGUUUACCGUUUCUUCUAACCACCCCUGUCCAAAAAGCCAAAGGCUACAGGCGCCUCGAAGAGGAGAAGAAAGACGAGGUGGCACAUAUCUAUCCACUAGCUGAGGUUGGGAUGGAAGAGGGCCAGUUCUUCUUACCUCAGCUAGAGAAGGAGCAGAAAAGCAGUCAGGAGGCAAUUAUGCCAACAGCACCACCUGCAGAGGAGACAAUUAUAUGUGAUGAGACUCAACCCUCCUUCAUUCAGUUGAUAGAGACACUACCAGAGCUCCCAACUGAAGAGCCGCCUAGGGAAGGAGAUGAGGUAGACAGCCUAAAAACUCCAACAGUGCUCCCAGAGGUACUAGAGGAGCAUUCAGAAGGGGAAAGUGUGGAGGAAACCUAUUUAAUUUCACUUGAGGAGAGUUUUGAUGUAGAUCUUAAAGAUCUGGCUGGGAAAGUGGUGACUGAAGAAAAGUUGCUAAAAGAAAGUAGCUUAGUAGAUGCUGAGCCAAAACAAGAGGAAAACCUUUCAGGAGCUGGAGAGGAGAAGGAAACCUCACAGGAAAUUGCGGAAACAGAGGAUAGCAACUUUCCAACCAAAAGGUUGAGGGAGGAAGAGGGUUUACCUGAUGUGGUUGAAGAAGCGUCUGAAGAAGAGAGAGAACUUUGUGAGCUUGAACCUUUUGUGAAUGAGGACACUGUGCAGGAGAUGAAAACUAUAGAUGAUGUGAAUACUGAUGAUCAGGAUGUGUCCAAAAUACCUGAAGGUGAACAAGAGUCUGAGGCUUUAGUGGAAAUUGUAGCAUCAAAUCUACCUGACAUAGCGCCUAUUGGGGAUGAAGUAGAUAUGGGAAGGGACAAAGAAGAUGGAGUUCAAAGUGAUGUAGUAGACUCAGGAGUUUUAGGAGAUUUAGUAGAGAUUGAAAUGGUCAGAGCUCUAGAUGAUCUACAAGAUGCAGAAGCUUGUACUCUAGAUAUAGCUAAGAAUGAUCUUUUAGAAAACGAGGAUAGACCUCUUGAGACUGCAGUCAAUACAGGUGGAGAGGAUCUAGAUAAAUCUCUAGGACUUUCAGGUGACACUAACCAGUUGAAAACUUUGGGGAAGGAAGAGGUAUCAUUGGGGAUAGAAGAUCCAGAGGACGUCAAAGGCUCUGAGUUGGUAGAGUUAAGACAAGAAGAUGAGUCUGUGGAAACUGAAAACCUUGAGAAGGAAGAGUGUUCUGAAGAAUCAAAAGCCUUGGAGGCUCUAGAGGAGAUGAUAGAUGCUCCAGUUGUAGCUCUAGAGUUAGAACCAACAGAGGAAACAAGAUCUUUAAGUCGUCUCAGCAAAGGUAGCAGCAGAGCCAGGUCAGAUGAUCUAACUAUAUGACUGACCAAGAAACACAAA